AUGCUCAUUUCUCUCGGAUGCAUCCUGCUGUGUACUCUGGGCUGGGUUUAUAUCCGGAACAGUGUUCGGGGUGAUGCCGCAUCCGACAUAGUGCACAAUCUCCCUGGCCCCCCUGCGGACUCACUCUGGACAGGAAACAUGCACCAAUUCUUCGAUCGUCGCGGUCUUGACUUUCAUGAACGACUGGCUCAAGACUACGGUCCAGUGGUCAAGAUGCACGGGCCAUUUUGGAGGAGAAUGCUUUAUCUCUUCGACCCCAAGGCGCUCCAGCACGUCAUCGUCAAGCAACAGGCAAUAUUUGAGGAGGGCAGGAACUUCAUUGAUGCGAAUUUGCUCGUCUUCGGGCCUGGGCUGUUAUCUACCGUUGGUGAACAGCACCGAAAGCAGAGAAAGAUGUUGAAUCCGCUCUUCAGCGUCGCACAUAUGCGGCGCAUCCUCCCAAUAUUCUACACGGCUUCGCACACACUAUGCAAUGCCAUAAGUUCUCAGCUGGAAGAUGGGUCGAAAGAGAUCGACGUCCUCGAUUGGAUGAGCCGUGUCUCUCUGGAGCUAAUCGGACAAGGAGGAUUAGGCUAUAAUUUCGAUGCCUUCGCGGAAGACGUCACGAAUGAAUACGCGGAGGCAUUAAAGCAAUUCUUUGCCGCACUUCAGAAUGUAUUCAUCUUCCGGCCGCUGUUACCGUACCUGACGGCAUUUGGUCCUCCUUGGGUUCGACGUCGGCUCGCAGAGCUAGUCCCGCACGCGUCAUUUCAGCGAGUCAAGACUUUGAUUGAUAUUAUGGCUGCGCAUUCGGAGGAGAUAUUCAAUGACAAGAAAUUGACGAUGAACGAGGACGGUGUGAUCGAAGAGAAACAGGACAUCAUGAGCGUGCUUGUCAGAGAGAAUCUCAUGGCUUCCGACGAGGAUAAACUACCGGAAGGGGAUAUAAUUGCUCAAGUAUCGACGAUGACCCUCGCGGCAACGGACACAACGGCUAAUUCCAUAUGCCGGAUUCUACACCUUCUUGCUCAGCAUCCCAAGGCACAGCAAAGACUCCGCGAGGAAAUCAUCGAAGCGAGACAGGGUACUGAUCUAUCGUAUGACGAUCUCAACCAGCUACCAUACCUGGAUGCCGUGCUGAGAGAGACAUUGCGGCUUUUUCCGCCAGCUACCCUACUCUCUCGGGAGGCCCUUGAAGACACGGUUCUACCUCUUUCGCAACCCAUCUACUGUGUCGGCGGAAAAGUCAUACAAGAACUUCCCAUCGCCAAAGGGACGGAGAUAUUCAUGGGUGUCUUAGGUUCGAACACGAACAAGGAGCUCUGGGGCGACGAUGCUCUCGAGUGGAGGCCUGAACGUUGGCUCUCCCCUCUCCCCUCUGCCGUGAUGGAAGCACCUAUCCCAGGUGUUUACAACAAAUCGUUGGCCUUCCUGGGGGGCAAGCGAGCGUGCAUCGGCUUCAAGUUCGCCGAAACGGAAAUGAAGGCCGUGCUGUCUGUCUUGAUACCCAACUUCACGUUCGAUGUCACCAAGAAGCCCAUCAUGUGGAACGUUGCGACGGUCACGUACCCCACAGUUGGCUGGGACAGUACCAAGCCAGAGCUCCCUCUGUUUGUAACGCCGCUCAACGGCAGCUGUCCUUCAAGCUGA